CUUACGCACAUCCAAUCACAGCUCACUUCCUGUAUCAGGACAGUUUCCAAAGAUGGCCGCCGCUGUGGCAGUGAAGGAGAAAAGUCCAUCAGAGAACAGAAGAUAGGAUCCGCUGAGCUCUAACAUCAGGUUCUACAGGACCAUCAUCCCAGCCGCUGCCUGUCUUAGCCCCGCCUUCCUGCUCCUCCUAUGCCGCUUGAUGGGUGGGCUCCGACAGCAGUAACCUGGAAGGGAUCCAGAAGAACAGCCUCCAGGGUGGAGCGUCCCCAUCUGGACCUUCUGUGGCCGUUCUGAAGGCCCCUUGCCAAUAGUUGAUGACGGCCUGAGCAGCAGAGCAUGUGGAGAGGGCGGGUCUGGCAGCAUGGCCAUGCAGGAAAAGAAGCAGGGGGCAGAUGGUGUGACCCAUGGCCUCUCAACCAGUCAGGCACUGGUGAAGCUCCGGGACCAGCUCAGCAGCCUGCUGGAGCAGCACCAGAGAGCCAGACAGAGACGGCUUUCCUGGCGGGAGCAGUGGCUGAAUAGCUUUCUAUACCAUGGCAAUCGGCAAUCCUGUCUCCACUGGCCAGGCGGAGCCCUUACCCUGCUGGUUGUUCUGGGACUUAUUUGCUGCCACGGCAGCCAGCCGACUGGCAGUUCUGGUAUAGAGAUGGUGAACGCUGCAGCUCUACUCCUCCUCUUCCUGUUGAACCUGCUCUUGGUUGGCCGUCAGGAGAGGCUAAAGAAAACUGAGAUGAUCCGGCGCCUCAAACGCAUCAUCAAUCAACUCAGUGAUUAUGUGUCAGCGUGUGUGGGGGAAGUUCAUUGGCCGUCCUCUCUUUACCCUGACCUUUACACGCCCCCGUCUCCAUCAUGGUCCCUUCAUUGGACCUACCGGGACUCUAAGCUCGUCAACCUGCCCGUCAGUCUGCUGGUGGAAGGAGAUGUCAUCGCUCUGCGACCUGGCCAAGAGGCGUUUGCAUCUCUCAGAGGCAUCAAGGAUGAUGAGCACAUAGUCCUGGAACCAGGAGAUCUUUUCCCCCCGUUUUCCCCCCCACCUUCACCCCGGGUUGAGAAAAAGGAACCCCAGAGCCCCCAGCAGCACCGCCUCUUCAGAGUGGUCCGGACCCCGGUGCUGGAGCUGGUCAGGAGCAGCCUGGAGCUGGCUCUGUCCCGGCCCAUCACUGUGUUGGAUAAUGAGCGGUUCACGGUCCAGUCCAUCAUCACAAAGCUGGUCUGUCCUGUUGUACUGGUGGCGUUCCUGCUGGUGAACACCGUCCGCUUCUUCUGCGACUCCCCCAGCCUCACACCCAGCAGCUACAACUUCCUCCAGCUGCAGCUGAUGGCCAUCCUGCCCAUCCUUCCCCUGCUCUUUCCCGUCAUGUGGGUUCUGGUCAACGCCUUUGGAGAGGCCCGGGUCCUUUCUGAGUUCAGCCGCGCAUCACCAGCUGGCUUGCUUGCUAAGUUCUCUGAGGACACUCUAAGCAGCUACACAGAAGCAGUUUCCUCGCAGGAGAUGCUGCGCUGCGUCUGGAGGCACAUGGUUCGAGUCAUGAAGGGAGAAUCGGAGACGCUGUGCUACACAUCCAGCCUUCUGCACACUCUGGGCUCUGUCACUGUGCUGUGCUGCGUGGACAAGCAGGGGAUUCUGUCAUGGCCGAACCCGAGUCCAGAGACGGUGCUGUUCUUCAGUGGGAGGGUGGAACCGCCUCACAACAGCCAGGAAGACCUCCGAGAUGACCUCUCCAUGAACUCCUACUGCCACCUGGAGAUGGAGGACGACAGGGACGAGCCUCAGGAAGCAGAGACUCUCCUCUGUCCAUCGGAGACGCCCGCUGCCCAGCAGGACGGAUCAUCCGAGCCCAGUGAGGCGGCUCACAACCCGCCUUGCGCCCCUGAAGCGGUCCAGCUCCGACGGCCCCAUCAGCCCGCUCAGUGUCGGACCAAGCACCACUCUGGAUCCAACGUGAGCUUCAGCCAUGACACGGAGGGAGGCGAGAAUGAGCAGGACUUUGCUGUGGGCUGCCCAGAAGCAGAGGCGGAGGACUUUGUGUGCGACUACCACCUGGAGAUGCUGAGUCUGUCUCAGGACCAGCAGAACCCGACCAGCAUCCAGUUCGACGAUCUCUCCUGGCAGUGCCACCUGCCCUCCCUCAAGCCGCUGGGCCUCAACAUCAUGCUGAACCUGUGCAAUGCGGCGGUGACACAGCAGCUGUGCCGCUUCUCUGACCACCUGUCCAACCUAGCGUUGCAGGAGAGCCACGGCUCCGUUCUUCCUGUCUACGUCCCCUGGGGCCUCUGCGAGCUCUCCAGGCUCAUAGGGUUCACUCCUGGAGCCAGGGAGCUGUUCCAGCAGGAGAACCACCUGACCCUCUACCAGCUGCCAUCCAGAGAGACCACCAAGGAGCUGGCCUCCCGCCGCCUCCCCUACUUCACCAAACGCCAGCCCCCCAUCUCCCACCUCAUGUCUCUGUGUGUGAGAGACUCCUCCUCCAAUAGUGUCCAGAUGUUGUCCCACGGUUCGGCCGACCUCAUCCUGGAGGCCUGCACAGACUUCUGGGAUGGGACGGAUAUCUACCCUCUCUCGGGUUCGGACAGGAAAAAAGUUCUGGACUUCUACCAGCGGGCCGUGUUGUCCGGUUACUGCUCCGCCUUCGCCUACAAACCCAUGCAGGUGUCGCUGUCCAGCCAGCUGGAUGGGAAAUGUGUGCAGCUGGCCUCGGGCCCCUGCCUGUUCUCCGGGGUGGAGCUGCCCUCCACCACGCCCAUCAAACACAGCCUGUUGAGGAACAGCUGGAGCUCAGAUGAGGGGAUCGGAGAGGGCGUGGAGCGGGAAGACUGCGUUCAGGCGCUGAGCGGUCAGAUCUUCAUGGGGAUGGUGUCGUCUCAGUUCCAGGCGAAGCUGGACACGGUCCGCCUCAUCGAUGCCUUGGUCACCGCCUGCAUUCGCUUCGUUUAUUUCUCCAUGGAGGAUGAGCUCCGCAGCAAGGUGUUUGCAGAGAAGAUGGGUCUGGAGACAGGCUGGAACUGCCACAUCUCUCUGACUCCAAACGGAGACGGCCCAUGUGAGGGAGCUGCUUCCAGCCCCAGCCACGGCUCGCUGCAUGAAGACCUCCACCACGAUUCCAGAGACGAAGCAGAAGGCCCGCUGCUGUCGGAGGAGGAGGCUCAGUCGGACCUGGCCAGUUUCCAACCCGCAGACAGCGACGUGCCCAGCUUCCUGGAGGAUUGUAACAGAGCCAAGCUUCCUCGUGGGAUCCACCAGGUCCGGCCUCACCUCAAGAACAUCGACAACGUGCCUCUUUUAGUGCCGCUCUUCACAGACUGCACUCCUGACACCAUGUGUGAGAUGAUGAAGAUCAUGCAGGAGAACCGUGAGGUGACCUGCUGUCUGGGAAGCUCCGCCAAUUUCCGGAACAGCCGCCUGUUUCUGCAGAGCGACUUCAGCAUUGGGCUGGACCCUCUGUACCCAUCUCAGUGUUCAUGGGAGACCUUUGGCUACGCCACAGGAGGAGGACUUCACGGAGAUGCUGAAGGACUGUCUCCUCUGAGACUGUCAGGACAGCUGAACAGCCUGGGCUGCUCCGUGUCCUUUCACCAGGGAAACAGCGUCAGCCUGAUCAAACUUAUCGAGCAGGCGCGACACACGACGUCUGGCAUCCGCAAGUGCUUUCUGUUCCUUCUGCAGUGCCAGCUCAGUCUGGUUAUUGUUCAGGUCCUGGCCUGUCUCGCUCAGCUUCCUCCACCCAUGAACACCACUGACAUCCUGUGGAUGUCCUGCUUCAGCUGCCCGUUAUUGAGUGUGUCGCUUCUGGGGAAGCCGCCAGACAGCUCAGUCAUGACUGUUGCUACGGGGAAGAACUUGGAUUCCAUCCCUAAAAAGACUCAGAACUAUUUCCUGGGCUGUUUCCUCCUGAAGUUUGGCCUCACCCUGUGUGCGUACCUGCUGGUGUUUGGCUUCACCCUGCAGUCGGUGUGCCCCGCCGGGACCAACAUCACCCUCAGCCUCAACACCACCCUGAGCCCCAACACCACAAUAGACUGCAGCUCCUUAUUCACUCCCAGCUCGUCGCCAAAGGCUCUCCCUUGGUUCAAGGAGCUGUCCAACGGCCUCCUGCUGACCCAGAAGCUCCUGGCCGGUUUCCUUGUGCUGCACACAGUGGUGAUCUCCCUCAGCUACGUCCACCGCUCACAACCUCUGUGGAGGAAGAGUCCCUUCAACAACACCUGGUGGUGCAUCACCGUGCCGGUGGUAUUGCUGGGUCAGGGUGUUCAGGCAACCGUGGAUUACCAGCUGUGGCGUGACCAGGGUAGCUCUCUGACCUUCAGUCUGGCCAACAUCCCCAUGGAGGUCUGGCUCCUGGCCUCUUUGUCCCCGGUGCUGGUGGUGGUGGUCAACGAGGUGGUGAAACUGCAUGAGAUACGGGCUCGAGUUCGUUACCAGAAGAGACAGAAGCUGCAGUUUGAAACCAAGCUGGGAAUGAAUUCUCCUUUCUAAGGCACAUAAGGUCCCAGCAGAGGACUGUGAUGUUCUGGCAGGUUCCUUCCAAAUGAUGACCACGCCCACCCAGCAGCAUCUGAAGAAGACU